GUGCUGAAGUGGGUAGAAGAGGCCAUCCAGGCCUCCAAGGUCCACUUGCUGUCCACGGACCACGAGGACGGCGGGGAGCACAUGUGGCCCGUCCCCUUUGACCCAAGCCUGAAGGAGGUCACCAUCUCCCUGAGUGGCCCUGCCCCGGGGAUCGAGGUCCGGGAUCCGGCAGGAAAGGUCCUCAAGAAAGGCCAAGGUCUGAAGGAACUGCUCAGCAUCCCCAACUCAGCCGUGGUGGUGGCUGUGGAGCCCCACGAGCCAGGGACGUGGUCGGUCACGACCCAGAGCAGUGGCCGUCACUCACUGAGGAUCACGGGCAUCAGCAACAUUAAUUUUCAAGCCAGCUUCUCCACCCAGCCAGACUUUGAUGCCAGCCAGCCCGGAGAGCGGCCGGUGCAGGGUCUGCCCAUCUCCGUGGUGGUGAACUGCACCGGUCUGAAGCCUCCUGGGCACUUGCAGGAGAUUGAGCUCUUCAACACCUCCGGCCAUGCCCUCUCCUCGCUGCCCACACGACCCCUCUCCAACACCUCCUCAGGGCAGCUCUGGGUGGGCUCGCCGCUCCGUGUCCCCCCGGGUGACUUUCUGCUGAAGGUGAAAGGCGAAGAUGCCCAAGGCCACCCCCUGCACCGCCUCUCCGGGGUCACCUACACCAGCGUGGUCCCCGGUCUACCCAAAGUGAACAUCUCCAGCAAAAUCCAGGCUUACAGCCGUCAGCCACAGCUGAUCUCCUGCUCCGCACGGAGCGAGAUCCCUUUCCGCCUGCAGCUCAGCCGCGGUAGGAGGAAGCUUGGGGACGAGCGGCUCUUCAGGGGAGCCUCUGGUUUGGCCCAAAGUUUGGGGAACAUCAGCUGGUUGAUCCCUGCGGUGUCCAAGGGUGACGAAGGGUUUUACGAGUGCACAGCCACGAGCAAGGUUGGGGCGACACGGGCUCAACCACCACCGCGUCUCAUAGCCCCGGGCAACAUCACGACUUCACCGGGCCAAGAUGUGGUCAUGUCCUGCCUGGUUCUGGGUGACGAGCCCUACAACCUGACGUGGAGGGGCCAGGAGCUGUGGCUGAACUGCACGGCUGGGGGCCAUCCCCCACCCCACGCCACCUGGAAGCGCCAGGGCUGGGUGCUGGAGCAGGACGAGAGGGUUUUCAUGGAUGCUCAGGGUACCCUGCACAUCAGGGCUGCCAUCCCAGAGGAUGCGGGGAAUUACAGCUGCUAUGCCGGCAGCACGCUGGGCUGGGAUGAGCAAACCAUCGCCCUGGAGUUCACCGAGCCUCCUGCCAUCCUGGCGGUGACGCCCAACCUGAAGACGCUGGUGGGAGAAGAUGUGACCCUGGAGUGCUGGGUUUUGGGGGUGCCCCCACCCCACGUCACAUGGUACAAAGGCGGGGCGGGAGGAGGGUACAUCUGCGAGGCGCUCGGUGAGGCCGGCGUCGCCUUCAACAGCACCGAGCUGGCCGUGGGCUCUGCCCCUCGCUUUCGCGAGCCCCCGGGGGACGUGGCGAUCGAGGUCGGGGAGAGCGUGCUGGGCCGUGUCGAGGGCUCCCCCCCGCCGCGGGUCACCUGGACCCGGCAGGACGGGAAGCCCGUGAUGGGCUGGCAUGGGCUGCACGGUGUUUCCAACCGGCUGGAGGCUGCCGAGCUCCACAUCGAUCGUGCCUCGCUGGAUGACCAAGCCGUCUACAUCUGCGAAGCCCACAACGAGUUUGGGAAAAUCCAAGCGGAGGUCAAGCUUGCAGUCACCGGACACGCAGCCCCAGAAAUAGCUCUUGCAUCCCCUGUGGUCCGUGCGCUCCCAGGCCAGCCCGUGUCGCUGCCCUGUGUGAUCCUGGCCGGGAGGCCGAUGUUCCUACUGCUCGGGGAUCAGUUUCUAGAUAUGCCCCAAAGACACAGCCAGACGGUAUCCCCGAGCAGCCGCUACUCCAUCCGGGCUGACGGGAGCCUGCACGUGGACCAGGCAUCGGAGGGGGAUGCUGGGAGGGACACCUGCGAGGUGACCAACACCACAGGCAGGACGUGUCCCUGGUCAUCCACGGGCACGGAGCCUAUUUUGCUGAGCUCACUCUACCACCUCGACCCCAAUGGGACCCUCCUGAUCCCUUCGUCCUCCCUCGAUGACGCUGGGACCUACUUCUGCACAGCUACCAACGCAGCAGGCUUCUCCAGCCGGGAGAUGCAGCUCUCCAUCAGCACAAAGCCCAGGAUCGGCGUGAACGGAUCACAGACGUCAGACCCCGUAACCGUCCUGGCUGUGCUUGGGCAGGAGACCACCCUGCCCUGCGAGGUUCAAGGCUAUCCCCCUCCCUUGGUGAUGUGGACGCAGGAGUCCCAGCCGCUGCCUCUCACCACCACGAGCUACAGCAUCCUCCCUUCGGGGUCCCUCCGGCUGGCUGAGCUCCAGGUAACGGACACCGGCCUCUACACCUGCACGGCCACAAACACCGCGGGGAACGCCUCGCUCCGCUACAGCCUGCACGUCCAAGCUCCCCCCCAGCUGCUGAUCGGCGAUGGGGAAAGCCACCUGACGGCUGUCGCCAACGAUUCCCUCAGGAUUCAUUGUCGUGCCACGGGCAUCCCCACACCCCAGAUCCAGUGGCUGAAGGAUGGGCAACCACUGGGCGAGCGGGAUGGUGCGGUGCUGUCGGAGGAUGGUGGGACUCUGCUGAUCGCCCGCAUGGGGCUUGGGCAUGAAGGGCUCUACAUCUGCCAGGGCAGGAACCGGGCAGGGGUGGCCCAGGCGGAGGUGCAGGUUUUGGUGCAAGUGCCUCCGAAUAUCGAACCCAGCGUGGCAGACCUGGCCAUCCUGGAGAAUGGCACAGUGUCCCUGGAGUGUCUGGCCUCGGGGCUGCCUGCUCCCGACAUCACCUGGUACAAGGGGCAUGAGCAGCUCUUGGCCAGACCAGGCUGGACCCUGUCCAGGGAUGGGAAGCACCUGGAGAUCCAGCGUGCCCGGCGCUCUGAUGCUGGCAGCUACCGCUGCAUGGCCUCCAACGGGGCCGGGGUCGCCGACAGCCUGCGGGUGACUGUGCCCCCACAGAUCACAGCUGGCCCCAGCCCCCUCACGGUGGUGGUGAAUGAGCCAGUGACGCUGGAGUGCAAUGCCACGGGGACCCCAGCGCCGGUGCUGCUGUGGCUGAAGGAUGGCAAGCCGGUGCCCAGCGUGGCAGCGAGUAGCCCGCAGAUCCUCUCCGGCGGGCGCAUCCUGUCCCUACCCACCGCUCGCCUCCAGGACUCGGGGACAUACACGUGUGUAGCCAGCAGUGCCGUGGGGGAGGACAGGCGUGAUGCCACCCUUGAGGUGCAGCUGUCCCCCACCAGUAUGGGCAAGGAGGAGAACAUCUCUGUCAUCGUCAACCAGUCGGUGACCCUGGAGUGCCUGGUCCCUGGAGUGCCCCCUCAGGGCUCCCGCUGGCUGAAGGACGGGAACUUGCUCACACCGAAGCUGGGCAUGCAGCUGUCUGCGGAGGGGACCGUGCUCCAGAUCGGGCGAGCCACCGAGCAGGAUGCGGGCAGGUACACGUGCCUGGUGCCCAGCCACCCGGAGAAACACUACAACCUCGACGUGUGGGUGCCCCCGUCCUUCUCCUCGGCAGAGCCCACCGCCGUGUCCGUGCCGGAGGGACAGUCCGUCAGGCUGGCCUGCGAGUGCCACGGGAUCCCCGUCCCCAGCCUGAGCUGGUGGAAGGACGGUGAGCCCCUCUCCACCCAGCCCGGGAGCCCGAAGCUGGUGUCCACAGGAGGGACUGUGCUGUACAUCGAGAAGGUACGGCUGGUGGAUGAGGGGACGUACACCUGUGAUAAGCCCGCCGGCAGCAGCAGCAAGGAGCAUCGCCUGGAGGUGCACGCGCUGCCGUGGAUCCAGGGCAGCAGCCAAGCCCCGAGGAAGGUUUCUGUCAUCAAGGGUGGCGAGACGGUUUUGGAGUGCGAGGCCAUGGGGACACCACCGCCCACGGUGACGUGGAUGAAGGACGGGCAGCCAGUGGCCAGCGGGGAUGGGAUCCUGCUUACGGAGCAAGGGAGGCGGCUGCACAUCCCUGAGGCGGAGGUGGUCCACGCAGGACGCUACACUUGCCUGGUGGCAAACGUGGUGGGGCAGGAGCAGAGGGAGUUUGAUGUUGCGGUGCACGUUCCUCCCGAGUUCAUUCAAGGAUCAGGAUCAACAACCAACGUCAGCGUCUCUCUGCAAGGAUCCCUGACACUGACGUGCGAGGCCACCGGUGUUCCCCUGCCCACCGUCACCUGGUCCUGGGAUGGCUCUCCUGUCACCCCCAGCGAGCACACGCAUGUGCUUUCAGGGGGCUGGCUGCUGCGGCUCACCCGUGCACGAGCCCAGGACGGUGGCCACUAUUCCUGCCUGGCCAGCAACGUAGCUGGGGAGGCCAGGAGGCAUUUCUACGUGGAAGUCCUAGUUCCUCCCCACAUUGAGAAUGCGGGUGAAGAAGAGACCAUCAAAGUGCCUGAGGGUCACCCUGUCACCUGGUCCUGCCUGGCUGCGGGCAACCCCCACCCUAAAAUCACCUGGCUGAAAGACGGUCACCCUCUGCCCGGCGGAGACACCUUCUCCAUCUCCCCUGAUGGCUCUGUGCUCCACAUCUCCCGAGCCUCCCUGUCUGAUGCUGGCCGCUACUCCUGCACAGCCUCCAGCUCUGUGGCGAAUCAAACCAAGUGGUACCUGCUAGAUGUUUUGGCCAGUCCUGCCUUUGCUGGAGAUGCCCAUGAUGCUGCUGCAGAAGAAGUCACAGUGAUCAUCAACAACCCCAUCUCCCUGGUCUGUGAGGCUCUGGCAUACCCAUCUCCCAACAUCACCUGGCUCAAGGAUGAAGUUCCCCUCAAAGCAUCUAGAAAUGUCCUCCUGCACCCUGGUGGCCACGGGCUGCAGAUCCUGAACGCCCAGGAAGAGGAUGCGGGCACGUACAGCUGCGUCGUGGCCAACGAAGCUGGGGAGGCCGUGAAGAACUACUCCGUGAAGGUCCUGGUUCCUCCCUGGAUUGCCAGAGAUGACCCUUUGGGGGAAUUUGCCGUGAAAGAGGUGAAAGCCAGGGUCAACAGCACGGUGUUGCUGGAAUGUGAGACCUGGGCUGUGCCCGAGCCGACCAUCCAGUGGUACAAGGACAAGCAGCUCCUGGAAAGCACUGGCCACCUCCAGAUCCUCAGCGAGGGGCAGGUCCUUCAGAUCAAACCAGCUAGCAUCUCAGAUUCGGGGCACUACACUUGUGUGGCCACCAAUGCUGUGGGUGAAGAUGACAGGGACUUCGUUGUGCAUGUCCAAGUGCCGCCCCUCUUCCAGCAGCAGAUUAGCCCCAAUGCAGCCCUCGAGAUCUUCUACCGGGAGGAAGACCAGGAUGGGGAGGUGACGGAGCCCCGGCAGGUUGUCCUUGACCAGCCCACCGCGUUCUACUGCGACACCAGUGCCAUCCCACCCCCCCGGCUCACCUGGUACAAGGAUGGGGAGCCCCUCUCCCCCAGCCCGGGGGUACUGAUACUGCUAGGGGGCCGGGUGCUGCAGCUGCCUGCGGUGCGGGAGGAGGAUGCGGGCAGGUACACCUGCGAGGCGGCCAACGCAGCAGGAUGGGACCGCCUGCACUAUGAGCUGGAGGUGCUGACUGCCCCGGCCAUCCACGGGGGCACGGAGGACCUGGCUGAGGAGGUGACGGCCACCAUCAAUGGUACUAUCCGCUUCAAGUGCAAAGCCAGCGGGCACCCGGUGCCCACGGUGUCCUGGCUCUGGAAUGACGUCCCCAUUGUGGCCGGCCCACGACACCAGCUCCUAGAGGAUGGCACAGUCCUGCAGGUGGCCGCGGUGGAGGUGGGUGACACCGGCAGCUACACAUGCGUGGCCGAGAACCCAGCUGGGUCAGCUGAGAAGCACUUUGCUCUCACUGUGCAGGAAGCUCCCUGGAUUGCGGGUAUGAACCCCGAAAGCAUCGAUGGUGUCAUCAAUGGCAGCAUCUCGCUGGUGUGCGAUGUCCGAUCCCACCCUCCUGCGGAGAUCACCUGGUACAAGGAUGGCCGCGUCCUGCAGCUCAGUCAGGAGGUGACAGUCACCCCAGGCUCCCGGGUGCUGCAGCUCCCUCGCCUGCAGCCUUCCAGCUCGGGCACAUACACCUGCGUGGCACUGAACGUGGCCGGUCGGGAUGAGAAACGCUUCAUCCUCACCGUCCACGGGCCCUCAGGCAUCCAGGACCUGCAGCAGGAGGUGCUCGAUGCUGACGUGGGGACCCCCCUCGUCCUGACCUGCCAUGUCACCGGCAUGCACGCGCCUGCCCGCACACGGGAGCCCACUGGAGACUCGCAGGGCCUUUCAGGGGAGGAGGCAGAAUCCCAGCGGGGAGGGCUGGGGUCAGAUGAGGUGCCCGCAUUGGCCAAGGCGAUGCCUAGUGAGAGCAGCCUGGAGUGGGGCCUGGUGUCCGGGGGGGGCCAGCUCCAGCUCAGCCCCCUGCAGCCCUUCCACCAGGGCCGAUACACUUGCCUGGCACAGGGCCCGGGCACCGAGACCCGCAAGGACUUCACGGUGCGGGUGCGAGUGGCACCCCGGAUCGCCAGUGCGGGGGUCCCCAGUGAGCACAGUGUGCUGGAGGGCAGAGGGGUGAGGCUGGAGUGCCGGGCGGAGGGGCAGCCCACCCCCCAGAUCUCCUGGCUGAAGGACGGGCAGCCCCUGGGGCUGCAGCCCCCUUCCCACGCCCGGAUAUCCCCAGACGGCAGCUCCCUGCUCCUCGAGGGGCUCCAAGCCGCCGACUCGGGGGCGUACACCUGCCUGGCCCGAAACAGCGUGGGCGAAGACGCGCGGCUGCACACCCUGAGCGUGCUGGUUCCUCCCACCAUCGAGAGAGGUGGAACCCCUCCCUCCCCAGUACCCCCAGUCCUGGAGAGCCCUGAGAGCAGCGAGGAGCAGAUGGUGGCCGAGGGCUCCGAUGUCACCUUCACCUGCGAAGCCACUGGGUCCCCAGCACCCGUGGUGACGUGGCUGAAGGAUGGUGAGCCUCUGGGGCGGCAGAGUGAGCAGAU